CGAGACACCUCUUCGACAACACUCGUUCACUUUCCACUCCUGAAGACGACGACGGCCUCCUCCUCGACUCUUGCUCCUCUCCGCCCUCGGCGCAUUCCUCUGUCCAGAUCCAGCAGCAGCAGCCACCCCUUCCUCCUCCUUCCUCCUUCCUGCCAUCGCCUCGCCAUGACCUCGCCAGACGACCCGGCCUCGGCCCCCGGCGGCGCCCCGCCCAUUCUCAACGGCACAACCUCCUCCUCCUCCUCCUCCGUCGCCGCCGUCCCGCCAUCGCACAGCCUCGAGGCCCUCUGCCACGCCCUCCACGCCAGGGUCGAGGCCCUCCUGGGCACACCCACCCAGGACCCCAUCCUGCGCGACGUCCAGGCCCAGGUCCGCAUCGCCAACGACGUCGUCGACGACGCUCUCCGCCGCUAUCAGCCGAACGAGCUCUCCCUCUCCUAUAACGGCGGCAAGGACUGCCUCGUCCUGCUCCUCCUCCUCCUCGCCCGCCUGCCCGCGCACUUCUCUUCACCCUCGGCUCCCAGCGCGUUCCCGACAUCCCUACAAGCGCUCUACAUCCGGCCCCCGCAGCCUUUCCCCGAGGUCGACGCCUUUGUCGCCUCGUCGACAAAAGACUACCACCUCGACCUCGCCACCAGCGACAAGCCCAUGAAGCCCGCCCUCGCAGACUACCUCGCCGACAAGCCCAACAUCAAGGCCGUCUUCGUCGGCACCCGCCGCACCGACCCCCACGGCGGCAAGCUCACCUUCUUCGACGAGACGGACCGCGACUGGCCGCGCUUCAUGCGGAUACACCCGGUCAUUGACUGGCAUUACCGCGAGAUCUGGGGCUUCAUCCGCGCCCUCCAGGUCCCCUACUGCCCACUCUACGACAUGGGCUACACCUCGCUCGGCGGCACCGACGACACCCUGCCCAACCCGGCGCUCAAGGCGCACGAGGGCAAGCCCACAAACACCGGGUUCCGGCCGGCAUAUGAGCUCAUGGACGACGAUGAGGAGCGUCUGGGUAGGGAAUGA